AUGCCGCGACGCCCCAAUGCCUCGCCCCUGGCAAUUGACAUUAAUCUGGACCGCGAGCCUGGUGUUUUUAUUUUGAGGGGCUCACCAGAGGAAUCUCCUUCGGUGGCGGUGCGAGGAAACGUGGUGAUAACGACUCCUGACUCGAUGACUCUUAAACGUCUCAGUUUACGGCUCGUGGGCAAUCUGAAAAUCCGCUGGAACGAAAGCUUUACCUCCCGACAGAGCUCCAACGUACAGUACCCGUUGAGGUACGAAAAGGUUGUUUAUGAACAGGACUAUGACGAUAUCGAUUUUGCCAUGAUCGCCACUUCUGGGUCACGAACUCCCCUGAGCGGUCGCACGACCCCGAUCAGCUCCAUGACGAAUUUAGCAUCGUAUUUUUCCGCAGCCCAUGGUUCUGGUGGCUCCGGAACUUCCACACCCGUGGGCAACCAUGUCAGGGCGGGCACACACGUCGUGCCGUUCGAGUUUGUUGUUCCCGGCUCUAUUCCCGAAACCGUCGAAGGCAACACGAACGUGCAAUAUGCCUAUACAUUAAUUGUGACUGCAGAAAGAGGGAGAUUCCACCCGAAUCUUGUUGGCAAAAAGCACCUGCGUUUUGUUCGUACGCUGGGCGUUGAUCUCUAUGACUCAAAUCACACAGUUAGCGUCACAAACACCUGGCCAGACAAAAUCGACUAUAACAUUGUUUUACAGUCAAAAUCUGCUGCUAUCGGCAGCAGGUUCGAAGUCGGAUUCGAGUUCCAGCCGGUGCUCAAAGGACUACGGCUCAAGACAAUACAUGCAGUGCUGGUGGAAAUGCUUAGCAUCUCACCGCCAGGCUAUCAGACAAACAACAGUGAACGAGUAGUGUUCGAGAAGCUUUUUGAUGUUGAUCGACCUGAUUUCAUGGGUCCAGAUCAAUGGAAUUUUUCUUUGUCUUUGAAGCUGCCCUCAUCAUUGGGGGCCGCCAGUCAGGACUGUGCGAUGGUACCGCACUUCAAAAUCACUCACAAGCUGAAGAUUUUUGUCGCGUUGAGAAACCCAGAUGGACAUACUUCAGAGUUGAGAGCCUCUUUACCAAUGGUACUGUUUAUCUCGCCGGCGGUCCGCAUCAGCACAGGAAACCUGGCAGCACCGCCCCGUACCGAGGAGGAAGCCCGGAGCUCGUCGCAAGAAAUAUUGUUUGAUACUACAGAAUUGGAAGGCCCUGAUAGUGGUUCUGCACCUCCUAAUUACAACGAGCAUGUUUAUGAUCAGGUGUGGAGUGACAUGCCUACACCGUUAUCUCUUUCGCCCACCAUGAGUGGAUUGCACACGCCUUUCAGUCCUAAUAGUCGGCGCCCGAUGCCUGGAUUCGAUCCAGCAGAGGCUGCCCAGCUUCAGGCUGGUCUCAGAGAGCUAGCCCUCAGACAAAACCAGGAAACGCCCCCCGCGGUUGACAUUGUGGCCCUCAGCAGAGUGCCGAGUUAUGACAGUGCAGUAAACCGCCACCAAGCUUUGCCUGCCACCGCUCCUCGUUACGAGACUCAGUAA